GUGCAUAUACACUGGUAAUAAACCGGUGAAAAUUGCUAAUACCAGUGAACCAAUCAUAUUACCUUAUUUUAGACAUGUGACACGCGCGUAUUUUAACUGAAAAUAAAGAAAUUUCCAUGGCAAAAUUAUUUGUUAAUACUUGCUUUUUAAAAAUGGCCGCAAGCCUAAAAUUAGGAGAUACUUUCCCUGAUUUUCAAAGUUGUAUAAAUGCAGUCAAUAAGUUCGCUUUAACAAAUUAUCAUCCAUUAAGGAUAGAUAGUAAAGAAACUGUUGCUAGUCACAAUAAAAAGUUAAUUGCUGAUAAAGCUAUUGUCACAACAGAAGAGAUAUUCGCAUGCAGAUCGUAUUAUUUGGAUGGCUUUUUGGAUUCAGUUAACCUAUUUUGUAUAUAUGAAAGCCAAAUUAUUUAUUUAAAAUAACAUUGAAGUUGAUUUUUAUUAUUAUUAUUGCUUUCUCUACCUAUGAUUUUAUGAAUACUAUAAUUAAUAAGAUUUUUGUAAAUAAUAUUUAACAAAAGUCAACAGGUAAAUAAACCAAAUUUGUCUUUUAACUUUGUUACUUUUUUGUUUUGUGACAUCUGGACAACCCUGUGCAAGGGCAGAAACAAGGACGAUAAAACAAUGACGGUGAUGGCACAAGUCUGCUAUCUCUUUUGUUGUUCCUGUAUGGUUGACAAAUACAGGUGGGUUUGUAAACAUUUUGGUCAACCUAGAAAAAGAGAUGGUGUGACUGGAAAAAGAAAUCACCAAUCAGUACUUCCUUGUGGCUGUCAGGUGGCAUUGUAUAUUGCAUACAAUCCUGCAUUACCUGGAUAUAUGGUGCGCAACAUCAAUCUUGAACAUAACCAUCCAAUUGGUGCUGAAGAAUUUCAACUCUACUCAACAUCUAGAAAACCUACAAAGAAAAUUCUUGAAGAAACUGAGGUUCUUCUUCAUCAAGGCGCAAAUCCAACUCUUGUUGCCAACUACUUGUUAGAUAAAAAAUUAAUGGUAAAGCAGAAAGAUAUAUAUAAUAUAAAGCAGAAAAUGAAGUUUCGAGGUUCUGCUGUUGAUGAAAUCAGAAAUGUUUUGACUGGUACGAAACAUAACAUACAUGCUAAUAUGGAAGGAUACAUUGAGGCUAUUACUUGGUCCACUCCAGAACAACAGAGCAUUUUGCAUAAGUUUCCGGAAGUUGUUAUGAUGGAUGGUACAUACAAAGUCAACAAUAUGGCAAUGCCAUUGUACACCCUUGCAAUUGUGGACUGCAAUGGAAUAGGUCAGCCAGUAAUGCAUAGUCUUGUUGAUAGAGAAGAUCAGAUUCAUUUAGAGAUGAUCCUAGAAGAUAUUCGGUGUUGGACAGGUGAUCUACUAAAGGCUGCUACGUUUGUUAUUGAUAAAGAUUAUGCUGAAAUCUCUGCUAUAAAAACGUUUUUCCAAAAAGCAGAAUUCUUCUUUGUCGUUUUCAUAUAGUGAAAGCAUUUGUUCUGGAACUUAAGAAGUUGCCAGUGUCUGAAAGCGAGCAAGAUUUAAUUUAUGAG